CAGCCCUCCCACGUGAGGCUCUAUAACGCCAUGACUCCGAGCUGCACGCUCAUUCAUUUCACCCCGUCAGCUCAGAGCGAGCGACCGCAGGCUCCAAACGCUCGCGCCUAAACUCCCCCAAGCCCGCGUGGCUCUCGCGUCGUGCCAGACUCCCGCGUGCCUCUCCUCGUGAAGCGGGGGGCAAAAAAAACCAACGCAGCUCAAGUUGAGUUCGCCCUGAUUCCGGACCAUGUCUCGCAGCUCGUGCGCCGUGUACGCCAGCGCCAUCAUCAGCGUCCACCUCAUCAUCAUCGGGAUCGCGCUGCUGGUGGCAGGGGUCUUCCAGACCCUCAUUAACGACCGCCUUAAGGGGGAGAUCACCCUGACAGAAGGCAGUAAGGUGUUUGGUACAUGGAAGAACCCUCCUCCUCCAGUCUUCAUGGAGUUUUUCUUCUUCAACGUCACCAACCCUGAUGAAUUCUUGGCUGGGGCCAAACCGCGGGUCACACACAUGGGUCCCUACACCUACAGAGAGUACAGGCCCAAAGCUAAUGUCACCUUUGUGGAGAAUGGGACCAAAGUUUCCGCCCUGACCCCCAAGACCUUUGUAUUCGUACCGGAGAUGUCAGCAGGAGACCCCCGUGUGGAUAGCGUCACUACUGUUAACAUCCCAGCUGUGGCGGUGAUGAAUAAGUUAAAGGACUCAAGCUUUUUUGUGAAAACGCCAAUAGCCAUGUUCAUGAACAGCAUAGGCACUACCAUGUUUAUGACGCACACAGUGGACGAGCUUCUGUGGGGCUUUAAGGACCCGCUGCUGAGCCGGCUGAGCAAAAUAAAGCCCGAGGUGGACGAGUACUUUGGCCUCAUGCUCAAUAAAAACGGCAGUCACGAUGGAGAGUUUGUGUACCUCACUGGAGAACAGAGCUACUUGGAGUACGGCCGCAUCGACACCUGGAAAGGCCAAAAGCUGAUGACAUUUUGGGGCACCAAUCAGAGCAACAUGAUUAACGGCACGGACGGCAGUGCCUUCCACCCGUUCCUGACCAAAGAGGAGCGUCUGGACGUCUUCACUGCAGACCUGUGCAGGUCGAUCUACAUGCUGUUUGAGAAGGAGGUGGAGGUGAAAGGUAUCCCGGCGUACCGGUACACCCCUCCACGCGAUGUACUGGCCAGCGGAGAGAACAAUCCGGAGAACAAAGGCUUCUGCCUUGACAAGAAGUGCCUGGAUGAUGGAGUGCUGAAUGUGGCAGUGUGCCGCAAAGGUGCUCCUGUCGUAGUCUCCUUCCCUCAUUUCCACCUGGGUGACCAGAAGUACGUGGACGCCAUAGAGGGACUGAAGCCAAUUCAUGACCAGCACCAGACCUUCUUGGACCUGAAUCCCACUACCGGUGUGCCAGUCCGUGCCUGCAAAAGAGCCCAGAUAAACAUUCUGCUUGAAAGAGUGCAUGGAUUUCCAAUGACCAAAAUGCUGAAUGGCACCAUCUUCCCCAUCAUCUUCCUCAACGAGUCCGUCACAAUCGACGAUGCCUCAGCGGCGAGGCUGCACAAGCUACUGUCCAUCGCCACCAUCGUCGCCAACUUCCCCUUCAUCCUCAUCGCCCUGGGAGUCGUCCUCUUCCUCAUCAGCAUCCUUCUCAUCAUCCGCUCGCGUCAGAGGAAGACCACGGCGAAGAAGGACACAUCGUACUCCCCCGUCAGCGCCAAAGCAGACGACCCGGCUGAGAAGAACGGGAGUUUCAUUGGCCUGACGCCAGUCAAAUCCUGAGCAGGGCCUGCAUCGGUGUUUGUGAAUGUGUGGUUAUGGGUGUGUGGG